AUGGAACUCGCCGUGAAACCCACCAGCACCAUCAAGUUUCUUAGCAGCUACGGUGGCAGGAUUCUCCCCCGUUACCCGGAUGGCAAACUUCGUUACCACAGUGGCGAAACCCGUGUUCUUUCCGUCGAACGAUCCAUUUCUUUUUCUGAGCUGUUGAUGAAGCUGGGAGAGAUGUGUGGAACAUCAGUAGUGAAUCUGAGAUGUCAAUUACCAACAGAAGAUUUAGAUGCUCUCGUAUCAAUCACUUCCGAUGAGGAUCUUGCUAAUCUUAUAGAAGAAUACGACAGGGUUGCGCCGCCGCCCGCGGCGAUCAAGAUCAGAGCUUUCUUGUCAGCUCCUAAAACUACCAACACAGUCUCCACACCGCCCUCUACUACAUCGCCCAAAUCGUCUUAUCCCGCCGCCGCUGCCGGCAUGAUACCCCCAGGAUGCCCAAAAUCAACUGGCGGCAACCGUUGCUUCCGUCACGUCCGCCGGCCACAAGUGUACAUGUACACACAGCCUGCAGGAGAAGUCGCCGGAGAAACUCCUCAGUAUGCCUACAGGCACAGAAAUUUUUGUAAUGUUCGUCUCAUUCGCAGUGGAAGCCAUUGGUAA